UCACAGCAAAGGUUGUUUUGAUAAAUUGGUCAUCCGUAGGUCUAAGCAUGGCUCUGGGUGAGACACCUGGCAGGACAGACGGAGCAGGCGAGUCGAUGAGUGAUCUAACGGCUGAGCAAUUAUUCAAGAUCAACGAGCUACAUAUGAAAACGGUACAAGAAGAGAACAUGCUGACUAAGCAAUCGGCGACUUUACAAGAAGACACGGCGGAUAUGCCUAUUGCCGUCGCGGCGUUCCACAAAGAAAGGAUCGGAGAAGCCGACGUGGAGGUGGAGCUUGCGCUUGAUAAGUACGAGGACGAAAUGGCUCGUAUGUUAGCUGAAGCGGAUAAGCUGAGGUUAACCACUUUAACUAAAAUUGUUGAGAUUUUAACGGCGGUUCAAGCGGCGGACUUUCUACUUGCCGGGAAGAAACUUCAUUUUGUCGAUGCAUGAGUGGGGCAGACUGAGAGAACGUUGCCGCCUUGAAGCUUGUGGUGAUGAUUCCGGUGGAGAAUUUUCCGGAUGGUAAACUUUGUAGAUCGGACGUUAUCAGAUAUAUAUG